AUGAAAUUUUCUUAUUAUUGGAUAUGGCAUUUAUUAUUAUUAUUGAUAAAUGUUGUUUCGUCAAGAGAUUGGCUUAUUGAUAAAAUAACUGAUGUAACAACAUUAAGAAUAACACCAUUAGGUACAUUAUUACUUUCAAAUACAUUAAUUAGUCGAGAAUUUUUACUUGAUCCUGAUUUUGCUACUAUUGAUUUUCGUGAUUUACAUACAACUAAUUCAAGUUUAUUACGAUGUGUUAAACCUGAAGCAAUUAUAACACUUGAUGGUAUUAAAUAUAAUAUUGGUGGUAUUAUGCCUAAUACACAAUGUGCUUAUUUUAAUCGUACUGAGUUUUGGAGAACUAAAACAUUAGAUACAACAGCAUUUCAUUUUUCAACAUAUGAAGUUGGAAUACCGAAAGCUCCUUUUAAAUAUACACCAAAACGAUCUGCUCCAGCUGAUAUACAAUGGCCACCAAAAGGUAUUCAUUUAAGUAUCUAUUUCAAGGCGCCAUACUAUGCACCAUUAGCACAUAAAUAUGUCACUGUUGUUGUUAAUUACGAAAUGUAUGAUGGUAUACCAUUAAUAGCAAAAUGGCUCGAUAUAAUCGAUAUAAGUGGUCGAGGUGACAUUGAUCUUUCUAUUAAUUCAGUUGAACUUCUUGCUGUUAAUCAACCAUGGUCUCCUUUUGGCCAUUCAUGGUUAUAUAUUGAAGAUGAUCAACCUCCUGGUCAUGGUACUAAUGUAUUAUGGACAUAUGAUGUAGAAGUUAAUACAAUACCAGGUUCAUUUCCACCUUUAGUUAAUUGUACAUAUCAAACUGAUCAUGAAAUAGUUGUUCCACUUGUAACACAAUUAACAUCAUUUCGUGUUCAUGAACUUGUUGUUGGUUCAUCAGAUGAAGAACGUCGUGCUUUAUCAAAACAUCGUCUUAUACGUUUAUUAGCACCACAUACACAAGAAAAUCCAAUAUUUUUUCAUAUGAUUAAUGCAAGUUCAUCAGCAGUUCGUGCAGUAAUUGAUCAAAUGGCUGAAGUUGGUUUUGAAAUGCUUAUUUAUUCAUUUGGUUCUGGUUUUGAUAUGGAAUCUGAUGAUGAAAAAUAUAUAGAACAAAUAACAAGUGAUAUUGCUUAUGCACAUAGUAAAGGUAUUGAAGUUGGUGGUUAUGAUUUAAUUGCAUUAACACGUCAAGUUCGACCAGAUUGGAUGGCAAUUGAUCCAAGUACAGGUAAACCACGUGAUAGUGUAUGUUUUGCAUCUGGUUGGUAUGAUUAUUUAUUAAAUCGUACAUUAACAUUUAUGGAUCGUACUGGUUUAAUUAUGGUUGAAACUGAUGGUCCAUAUGGUGGUUAUUCAUGUGCAUCAACAACUCAUGCUCAUCAUCGUAAUAAUGAUGAUAGUGUAUAUCGACAAAAUAUACUACAAGCAAAUUAUUUUAAAAUACUUCGUGAACGUACGGUUUAUAUAAAUCAACCAGAUUAUUAUUUUUAUCAAGGUGGUUCAAAAACAGGUAUGGGUUAUAAUGAAGAACAAUAUUCAUUACCACGUUGGAUGGAUAUUAGUGUUUCGAGACAAGGAAUGUUUGAUGAUACGUAUCAACGAAUUCCAACAGUCGGUUGGAUGUUUGUACCAUUAACUGUUUAUCAUGGUGGUGGUGCUGCAGCACAAUUUGAACCACUUGUUGCACAUCAAAUUGAAUAUGAAUGGGCUUUGGCUCAAUAUUUAGGUGCGGGUGUUGCUGCUUGUUAUCGAGGUUUUCGUCUAUAUGAUACGAAUGAAACAAAAGCAUUAGUUACAAAAUGGGUUAAUUUUUAUAAAAAAUAUCGUUCAAUUUUAAUUCGUGAUAUUAUUCAUAUUCGUCGAGCUGAUAUGCAAUCGAUUGAUAGUUAUAUGCAUAUUAAUCCAUAUUCAAAUGAUAUUAAAGGUCUUAUAAUGGUAUUUAAUCCAACAUCGGAGCCAGUUGAUACAAAUUUACCAGUUCCUUUGUAUUAUACAGGUUUAAGUGAUAUAGCACAAGUAUCAGAACAAGAAGAUAGUUGGGUAUUUUAUACAUUAGCUCGAGAUUAUCAUAUUGAUUUACCUAUUGUACUACCACCAUUGGGAAUAACAUGGUUCCUAAUUAGAUGA